AUGAAAAACAUCGCCAACUUCAACGCCAUUAACAUACAGAUGAAUGUGACAGGGGACUUCUUACAAAAUCUACAAGCAGUUACAAGUAAACCUUCCAAACUACAGGCCCAAGAGCUUAUACAGCUACUUCGCCUUCAUCCUUCGCUAAAUCCAUGGAUUGUCAAGUUCUACAAUAUCGGUCCAAUAGAUGUCAAUCAAGUUCAAGAGGAACUAGGGAGGAGAAAUUUCUAUAACAAUGAAUGGAUGGCAUUCGAAGAACUCGUGCUAAGCUUUGUGCGCUUAUCAAACCAGAUAAACCCAUUCUCAAUGCUUGAGUCGUUCGAUCUCUAUGCCAGCUACUUCAAUGACUUAUCAAUUGCUUUUACGAAUAAAUCUCAUGGAUACCUAUUGACACCUUUGAUCCAAGACACAGUUGACAUUAUAAUUCCAAUGGCCACACAGUUAGACAUGCAGCUUCUUUUGGUGGAAAGUAGGAGACGACCAAGGCUUGUGUUUUUGGCAUCACUCUUAUUGAAAAUGUUCAACAACGUCCGCUCUCAAUUAGGCGCUGGAGAUCACAUUGAGGUGGCGAAAAAAUCUAUCAUGCUUUUGAUCGGAGUGAGACUUUGUCUGAUCUAUUUCAAAUUGCAGAAUCCACUUUUAUGUCGUAACGUGUUUUCCAACAUGAAUAACGCAAAUUUAAGACUCACAGACUUCCCCAAAAACCAACAGAUUCAGUAUAGAUAUUAUCUUGCGAGAUUUUACAUGGUGAAAUACCAGUUUGUCGAUGCAUACCAACACUUUCAGUGGUGUUUAUCAAACACACCCAACAAUUACUUAAGAGACAAUGCUAAUGUCACAAGAGUCUUACGACUGAUGAUUCCACUCGGAAUGAUUAUCGGCAAAAAACCUCUCUUGGACAACAUUAGCUCUACUUUCUACAGCUCUCGUGACAGGACCCCUCGCUUUCUACAAACCUUUUGCGAUAUUUCUAAAGCGAUAGAGAGGGGUGACUUCAAGGGCUUUUCCACUGUUUUGAACGACCCUGACAAUUAUCAGGAACUCAAAGAACAUCUUCUAUUGGUAUUAUUUGCGGAAAAAGUGCCUCUCCUUUUACUUCGUAACUUGGUUAGGAAAGUAUGGGUUUUACAAGGAAAACAAGCGAAGCUUGACUACGAUAGUAUCAAAAUUGCUCUCAGUACAUCACUUGCCGGCCUAUCUCUUAAUGAAAUCAAUUGCUUUGGACAGAAGGUUAAUCUCGAAGGCUCCGAGGAAGAAAUUGACGAUCUCGUCAUUGAAAACUGUUUGGUGACUUUGAUAGAUCAGAAUUUACUCAAGGGAAAGCUAUUUCCGAGACUUCGGGUGGUAUCACUAAGCAAGACAGGUGUGUUUCCCGAGGUAGCUGCAAUUUCUUUUGUCAAGUAUGGCAAUGGAUCUGAAGGGCGUCUCAACUAUGCGGACAAAUGGAUGGAAUGA